GCAGAUGGACGAAAAGUUAUUGAUUACAUGCGUGCUAUUUGUCGACAAUUCAGAAAAGUUGAACAUACAGAUAUAUCACCAAAUAAUUUAAUGGAAAACGUAAGUGAAUAUAUGUAUGCGCCAACAGUAAAUAGCAAUUGGCGUAUCUUUGGUGUAGGUCUUCUAGUUGUUGGUUGUGAGGAUACAAAUCCAUAUGUAUACGAAGUGCAAACAACUGGAGAAACUUCAGACCGUGUUGCAUUUGCAAUUGGUUUCUGCUCUUCAGCUGCAAACAUUUAUUUGAAAAAAAAUAUAAAUAAUAUUCUUAGCUCGAAUUUAGAUUGUCUUAUUAUGUAUGGUGUUACCGCUUUGAGACAUACAUUAUCUGAAGACGACCAGGAAAAUAUAACAAAAAUGCAGAAUAUCAGUAUUGGUGUUGUUGGGAAUAAACAACCUUUCCGAAUUUUGGAUAAAUGCAGAACUUUUCGAUAUUUACAAAAUCUAACUAGAGACGAUUAAAACUGAGAUAUGUUAUCGUGUAUUGUGCACAAAAUUCAAAAUAAA